CACGCUGUUGAAGAAAAUGAAAAUGGCAUCAGUGUGAAAAUAGUGCUGAGGUAGUAAGGUACGGGUUAGGUUGUCUUGUUGGUUAUACAUAAAACACGUGUUUACAAUAAAACAAUUCGGGGUUCUAAAAUUAAUUGAGCAGUUUGUGAAUAAAACUAUACACAAUGUAUCUUUGAAUUAGGAAAUAUCAUGAUUUAGUUUGGAACUCUUUAGAAGGAUAAGAUUGUAUUGAACACUAAAGAUGAAUCGUUCCAGAGGAGUCCACUAUAAUGAAAAUAAUGGAACCAACACUUACCAACUUCAAGGGAUGGAGAGCAAUCCUAAUGAAAAAGCCAGACUGCAGCAACCGGUCAAGCUACAUCCGGCGUGGGAGGAGAACAACCUUCCAGAAGACGAGCUCAAUUUCAAAAAUUUAACAAUGGAGGCUCCUCCAGAUCGGUUCAAUUUAGUUUAUAUGACAUUCGUCAUCCACGGUAUCGGCGUAUUGAUGCCUUGGAAUAUGUUUAUUACAGCUAUUGAGUAUUUCACAGAUUAUAAGUUAUCUGCCUCGUAUAUACACUUCGAUUUCCCGUACAUACCGACUUUUAUGCAGUAUUUGACGUUUUGUGCCCAAAUACCUUCGAUAAUACUGAACUAUACAAAUAUAUUCAUACAAAUCGGAGGCAACCUAACCACUAGGAUAGUUUGGGGCAUCGGUAUAGAAAUCGUAGUCUUCAUUGUUACCAUAGUGUUGGGAAUGAUCAACACCAGUGAUGUGCCGUAUGCCUUCUUUUGGUCGACGUUAGUCCUUGUUGUCGUUCUGAAUUGCGCAAACGGAAUCUACCAGAAUACCGUUUACGGUAUGGCGGCCAAAUUGCCUGCGAAAUAUACAGCAGCUGUGAUAUUAGGAAAUAACGUUAGUGGCACGUUUACGGCUACUGUGAGCCUCGUCUCUAAACUUAGCACACCUAGUAUUAAAAUGGCUGCCAUCUAUUAUUUUAUAUCUGCUCUUUUCGUGCUCUUGAUAUGUUUCGACACUUAUUUCGCUCUACCACUUAAUAGAUUCUACAGGUACUAUGAUCUGAAAGACAAAAAAGAGAGGCGAUUGGCACCGAUGCCUAGCGGAGAAGUUCAAAGACCUCCGUAUUUAAAAAUUUUCAAACAGUCUUUUCCACAAUUACUGAAUGUGUGGAUGGUAUUUUUCGUAACUAUCUCUGUAUUUCCUGCUGUUCAAUCAGGAAUACAAAGAAGUGAUGACAGUUUCUUUGUUCCCGAAUUCAUUUAUGUGAAUCUGAUGUGUUUUAUGACCUUUAACAUAUUUGCAAUGAUAGGUAGUUGUUUGCCUGCCUUUUUUGUAUGGCCUAGUCCGAAAUUUUUGUGGAUUCCAGUAACGGCCCGAAUCGUGUACAUACCUUUGUUUUUGUUAUGUAAUUACCAAGUGAAGGGCAUCCAGAGAGUUUUACCUAGACUGAUCACCAAUGACUACGUAUACUUCUUGUUAAGUGCCUCGAUGGCCUUGUCGAGUGGCUAUCUCAGUUCCUUAGGCAUGAUGUAUGCCCCAAGAUCUGUGGACGAUCGGUACGCUCCCACAGCUGGAAUGUUUUCGGCCGCAGCUUUAAUCACUGGAAUCUUCUCCGGCAUUCUAAUAGCCUUCUUGUGGCCUUGGGUGAUCGGCCAUGUUGGCGCCUAGCAAAAAUGUGUGGUAUAUGGCACAGAAAAGGAGUUCGCGAUUAGGUUCAGUUUAUGAGGAAAAUUUCUGGUCAUAUGCCCCAAAAUAUUAUUGUUAGUUAGCAUUUUGUGAACCAAAGGAUUGUAAUUAUAAAUAUACAAAGGGAUUACGGAAAAAAUAGCGACAAAAUGUGACACUAUGUAUACAGUUUAGUAUUAUGUUUAUAUUGGACGACGCUGGAAAGCGUCGUGCUGCCAUUUUUGUGAAGGUCCAAUAGGGCAUGCCAACAUGCUGUCAAAAUUAAAUCAAUAUGGUAGCCGGGAGGCAUACAUAAAUGUUAUUCUAUCAGUUCUUAAUGUGUUUUAGAUCAUUUUAGUUUGCGUUUCUUUGUAAUUUUGUUUGUACUAGGAUUAAUUUAACAUUUUCACUAGAAGAAUUAAUUUAAAAAGAUAAUAUGCCUAAUUUCUGUUGUGUUUUGAAGUGUGGAAUGCGAAGUAUUCAUGAUAAAGUUCAGUUUUAUCAGUUACCAUCAGUGCUACAUUUUAAGUAUAAAACUGAACUAAAUAAGUUAUCAUCUGAGAGACAAAAACAAUGGUUAAAUGCUAUAACACGUCCUAUAAAAAUGCUACAUAACUAAUUAUGUCCAUGUUACUUACACUUGGAAAAAUGUCUCCACUGUAGGUUAACUCAGACUCCUUGAGGGAAAAUGGAUCUAUAUUAUUUAUUUUGCCAAUCUUUUGCUUGUACGUACUAGCAACAUCUGUAUUGUCUACCAACAACUUUCGAAAAUAUUCACUCUUGUUUAUUUAUUUACUGCUUAAAACUAAAUAAAGUCGUUCAAGUACUUCUACAACUGAAAACUACACAAAAUCAAUAAAAAAAUGUUCGGAAAAUACAACUAAAAAACUAUUAAAGGUAAAAAACUUAAGAAACACAAUGUGGUACUUCUUCUUCUUCACGUGCCAUCUCCUCUAAGACGGUCGGCAACCAUCAUGGUAAUUCGCACUUUCGACACCGCUGCUCUAAAGAGAUCAGCAGAAGAGUUAAACCAAACUCUUAAACUGUUUAACCAGGAGAUGUGUCUUCUUUGACGACUAUAUCUACUCUGUAUUCUUCCUUGUAUUAUUAAUUGCAAUAAGUUAUAACGCUCGCCCCUCAUGACAUGUCAUGCUAGAGAUAUUGCAGUUUUCUGCAAUGUGAUACAAAUAUAAACAAAUACAAUGUUUGUCUCCCAACGGUGUCAUAAACGUCGCGUCGUUAAAGUCUUGGAAUGCCCUUGCGACAACUUCUUCGAAUUUUUUGGAAGGUUGUCUUUAGAAGUUCAGAAACAAAAUAAAAACAGAAUUUUUCGAGUAAACGUUUUUUAAAAAAUUGUGUUUUAUAUAGCAGCUGCAUUUAUUCAUAAUCUUAGUUUCUCAAGAGUUCAAUUUAAACAGUAAGGCUUCAACAAAAAUGGCCGCGCUAAAUUAAAACCUGCCGACAUUUCAACGAUCUAACUUUGAGCUAUUUUUUCCAAAAUCCAAAAAUAGAAUCGUAGAUCUUCCACAUCCAUUAGUCCUCAUUUUCAUUUGAAUUUUUAUAAGAAGUAUAAUGUUUUUGUUGAUUUAAAAUAUUAUUUGCAUAUUUUUUUUAAACAAAAUAUUGAAAGAAUGGAAAAAGUUUGGAAAUAUUUACAAAAAAAAAGGUUUUUAUUUUCCUUUACAUUUCUUUUAAUUGUUAUGUUGUAUUAAAUUUUUAUAUAAAUUGGAAGAGAUUAUAAAUUUGUUUUGUGUUCAAAUUUUAUUUUACCCCUUUUAUAGUUUUUUUAUUCUAAAUUUUUUGUUUUUUUUUUUUCAAGGCUCUAGGAGUUUUGUAGCAAAAUUUGUAUAAAAUAUAGGUAAAAACCUUUACAUCAACAAUUUUCUAGCCACAAAGGUCUCGAUUUUAUUUAUUCAUCAUCGUUAGUAUAUAAUAAUAUAACGUUUAUAUUAUGUAUUUAUUACCAGUGUUGGUUUAUACACUUUUGUUAUUCUUUAUAUUUUUGACUUAUAUACAGCGUAACGCAAUAUUCUAGUUCUAGUCUUAAAAAUACAAUUUUUACACAAUGCAAUUUUUGUUACUAUAAAAAAAACCUUCAAAAUGAUGUAUGAUAAACCUUGAUCCAAUAAUUAGAAAUGCGGAUAUUGCAAAAUUACGGCACUUGGGAGAUUUUUCACUUGUAUCUCAUCUGCAUUUUGAAUGAAGUAACUUUCUAAUAGCUUCAACCAAAAGAAAAAAUACGAGCUAUAAACCAAACCUUAAUUAUUAUUGUAAUCGAAAUUUUUUUAUAACAAAGUCAUGAAAAUUAAACGAUAAAUUUUUAUUAAAAAGGCAUAUCAAUUCUUUUUUAAGCUACUAAAGGUUUUUUAGCUACUAAAACUUUUGCUUAUAGGUGAUCCAAUAAGUACUUAGCCUCUCCGCCCGAUGGUGUCACUGUCGCAAGAGAAAACUACCAUCGUGUAAUACAUUCUUGCAGACGCCAUUUGUGAAAAUAUCAGCCAAAUCGGACUCAUAGUUUUGUUUUGACCGCGUGUGUAAGCGGGCGUGUUUGGGGAUUUUAGAAAAUUAAAAAAAGAGUAAUAUCAGUUUGUUUUUAGAAAGGAAAUCCCCCAGCGAAAUCAAAUAUCCCUCGGAUGCUGUAUACAGUGACUUUUCUUCUACGUUUCAACUUGGUGACACGUCGGUUUUUGAUAAGUCACUCCAGGUUACUCCCCGAAAACGGCUACCACUGAGGAUAACAUGAAAGAAAUCCACGAUCUCGUAUUGGUAGACCGCCAACUGAAGAUGCGUGAGAUCGCUGAGACAGUAGGUAUCUCAAAAAAUCUCAUUGGUCAUAUCCAUUAGACCGGAGCGGAUGCGAUUUAAGCGUAAUCCAAAUGAGUUAUUUCAUAACCGUUGACGAAACAUGGUUCCACUGGUAUACACCAGAGACCAAGCCAAGAAACAUGGAUACACUCGACGUUGCCCCCGAACAUGCACCGAGUAGGGUGAAGACUGUCCAAUCGACCGGAACACCAUUUACAGUGUUUCACAAGAUGUGAACAUCUAAGUAUAUCCACUUCCUGGAAAAGGGCUAAACGAUCACAGGGCUUUACUAUGCCACAUUAUUGGCCCUAUUCGACGCCGAAUUUCAGAAAAAACAUCCCUAAUUGGGAAGAAAAAAUCACUCUUCCACCAUAACAACGGUCCGGUUUACACCUUUGCCAAAUUGGUUGAAUUGGGCUACAAACUGCUGUUCCAUCCAACGUAUUCUCCAGAUUUGGGCCUGUACGACUUCUUUUUGUUUCCAAAUUUGAAAAAGUCAAUCGCCGGGCAGAAAUUUAAGUGUAAUAAGGAGUUCAUCACCGCCACGGAAACCUACUUUUCAGACCUCGAGAAAAGGUAUUUUUCAGACGGGUUAAAAAAGGUGCUGUAUCACUGCACGUGUAUCGAACUAAAAUGAGGCUACGUUCAAAAAUAAAUCGUCACUUUUCCAAAAUUUUCGUUUUUUUGAAGGCUAAGUACUUACAGUCGGAAAAAUGAAAGAAUACCCAUGAACGAUCACAUCAAUCACUUAUUUUGUAUUUGCUAUCUUUUUCUAUAAAUAACAAACAUUUGUUGUAGAAGCCAUUAACAUAACAUAACAUAUAAAUAACAAACAUUUGUUAUAGAAAAUGACAGCAAAUUCAAAAUAAGUGUAUUUUCCGACUGUAUACCCCAUCUAAUUUACUUACCGUUGCACUCAGAGCCGGAUUUAAGGCAGUGGGGGCCCCUGGGCAGAAUUGGUGUGGGGCCCUACCUCCUACCAUUAAACAAAUUGUUGUUAUGACUAUGGUAUGGUUAAAGUCCGGGUACUUUUCGAGAUUUUUUAACUGAAAAUUCCUUGAUUAUGUCGGGCAUGUCUAGUUGCUUUAAGGCAUUGUGUUCAAUGCUCAUUAUAAAGAGAUUGUUCAAGCGCUCUUGGCCUAUCAUAGACCGAAGUCGAUUUUUAAAUAACUUAAAAUUUUUAGAAUGAUCUCUCUCCACUGUAGUUAGUUACCAUCAGAACUAAAUAUAAACGAAGUGUCACUACAACGUUUGGAAAUGCAUCAUUCACAUUUUUCUCUUUUAACCGUCGCGUCGGCACAUUUGAAGUUCUUUACUUAUAUUUGAUGAGCCGAUUUCCUCUUUAAAUGAAUUGAAAAAUUCUACAAAUUGUACUAGUUCGACACCUAGUUUUUUAUCUAAAUCAUUCCUAUAAUUGUCGGUAGGCUUCAGUGAGUGAGCUUCAAUUUCAUUUGGAGUUAAAUUUUCCAAAUAAUGUAAAAAUACAAAAUUGGAAUGAAUAGAUUCAUAUGCAAAUAGCCUAUGACUUGAAGAGGAAAUGAAGUGAUCUAUAAUAGCUAUAAAAUUUUGAGUCCUAAAUUUAUCUGAUGUUGUCAUUUCAGUCUCUGAAAUAUUCCUUAAAAGAAUAUAAUUUUUUUAAUUGAUUUAAUUGCCGCCACUCCUGAAUUAAGGUCAAUAUUUGGAUCUUAGAGAAUACGACUUGUGCUGUUUGUCCCCUCUAAGAUUUCAUUCCAAAAUAUUGCAAAUAUCCCUAUUUUCAGUAAACUCACUCGAUUAUGCAAACAAUUUGUACCGCUACGAGUUUCAAAUUGUUGCCCAUCGUCUUUUGAAAUUUUGGAUAAUACUCCUUUAAUCUGAUUACAGCCUUUAACUAAUUCGUUUGCGGCAUCACUUCUAGACGACCAUCUAGUAGUAUUUACUCUUUUUUAGGAACAAUAAUAUUUCUGCCAUGGUCGACGUUGCUCUCGCUUAAAGACAUUUUUAAACAUUCGAUGACCAAGUUGUAUCUAUAUGUAGAAGAAAUAUGUCCUUCCAAGAAAUCAAAUAAUUAUAUGGCAGCAGACAACACUUAGCUGCAGCUUUAGCAACUAAAUUUAGAGAGUGGGCGACACAUGGAAUCUACAACGCCAAGAUAUUGUGUUACCUAAAUUUUAGCUGAACACCAUUGUAUUUUCCACCUAUGACUGACACAUUGUCGUAGGACUGUCCCCUGCAGCUUUUACAUAUUUCCCAUGUCCCCUGCAAAAAUACAUUUUUAAUAGUAGAGAAACCUUCCAUAUAACAAAAUAUUACAGUUAAUUGAUUGACAAAAAUUAUUCUAUGUGAAUAAUGUGCUGAUUUUUUUGGGGCUUUGUGGGGGCCCCCAAAAUGUGGGGGCCCCGGUCAGCUGCCCAGCCUGCUCCCUUUAAACCCGGCCCUGAAGUUACACGUCAUCCGCGGCAUAGCCCGAGACGUCACAUGAUAUCAACACGAAAUAUUUAGGCGGUAGGUGUGUUCUUUCUUAGAAUCACUUUGCCGAGUACACUGGCGUUACAGCCACUAGGCAUAUUUUAUUAUAUAUGCGUAGAAAUAAUAUUUAAAGAUUUCUAUUAAUGUUAACUUAAAGAAAUACACAAUAAUAUGUUUCAUUUAAUUUGUCUAAAUGGAUUAUAAAGCGUUUUUAUGAAGCACAUUUGUUCGGAAUACACUGUAACUAUAAUCGAACGAAGGUGAUAUUUUGGCAUAAAUUGGUAACAUUUAUUUGACAGUUGCGGUGAUGACACAUCAUAUUUGUUUAUAUUCUUUACUGUUCGCGGUGUGCAAGUACUUGGAGGGGAUACGAGAAACGAUCGUGCGAGAAUAGCGGAGAAAUAUUGUAACUUUCUUAAAUAAUUCAUUGUCAAUUGAAAUUGUCAAAUUGACGUAUAUUUCAUAUCUACUGUCAAUGAAGAAGAAACAUUAUAUAUUGCUCCACAAUAUUGAUAUAAUAUGCAAUUAUAUAAAGGCAAAUUUAAUUAAUUGUAUUUUGCUUGCAGUACUGCAUUUUAAUAACUAAUUUUAUUUUCUACAUACAAUUGUUUACGAUUUAAUAACAUAACCUGAAUCUUAUUUUUUCUUCUUAUUAUUUUUUUGGACUAUGGCCUUGACAAUUAUCCAGUAACCAGGACUAAUAUAAUUGGCCAAUAUAAUUAAAAGUGCGAAUAAUGUUGCUGAGCGUAGAAACCAGGUGUCGCUUUGCCGAACUUGCACGGUCCCAAUAAGUAUUUGUUUCAAUAUAUUUACUAUUUUUAUUAUGUACUUUAACAUGAGAUUAUAACUUAAUUCUUGUUUUCUAUUUCUAAAGUUCUUAUUUAUUUACAUUGAAUAUUAAUUUGAUUUGCUGUAUAAUCCACUUCCGCAAAAAUUGUGUGACGUAUUUGAUUUAAAAUGAAUUCAAGAAUUUUUUGUAAUUGGGCAACAAUGUCAACUUAGAUCUCUAACGUAAAUAAUGACGUGCAACGGUAAGUAAAUUAGACGGACUGUAUAUAGAUCGAAUACGAAUAAUUUUAUGUAUUUUAAGUAUGCCUAAAUAUAUUUUGGAAUGCCAUAAAGUAGUUUUAAAGUGCGCGCGCCAUUAUUUCUUACUAAGAUUAAUAUAUCGAUUAUAUCCAACUUAAUUUAUUUCUUAUGUACUUUAUUACUUUGAGCUCGGACAAGUAAAAUUUAAAAACAACUGAUUGUAUUUAAACAAAAACCUUGUGCGACUAGAAUUUUGCGUCACACUGUUGAUAAAGAUGUAACUAUUAAUAAGAAUUUUUAUUGUAAAUAGACUUUUAUAUGAUUUUAACUCAGGGUUUUUUUGUUUUUUCUAAAUCCGUAAUAACUACACCGAUUGAGUAAUUUGGAAUUCACUCAACAAAUUGGUCUCUAAAGCGACGAUUUUAAAGAUCAAUUUUACUCAAGACUGAUUGAUAAUAUUUCUAUCCAGUUUUUUUACAGCUUGUUUUAUAAAAUAGGCUGAAUAAAGAACUCCGUAAGA